AUGCGAAACCGUUAUUCUUAUCAUCGUAUAAAAUGUUUCUUCAAGAUGUCAUCUACCUCAACUAAUAAUAAUAUUAAUAAUAAUAAUAAUAAUAAUAAUAAUAAUAAUAAUAAUAAUAAUAAUAAUAAUGGUAUAGCUCUUAACAUUCUGGAUCGUCUUAAAAAACGAUUUCGUCGUUACUUAGUGCUUGUUUCUCCUUUUUCAUAA